CUGGAGGGCACUAGACUAGACCAGCCGCUGAAUGAAUUUGGUGAAAUGAGGCUAACUAACCUGUUAAGGAGCUAUUGUUGGCACAGAAGCCGUUUCCUGAGGCUGUGGUCCGUCUUCUGAGGAAGCAACAUGGAGGAGCCGGUGAGAGAUCAUCUGCUGGGAACCCUGGAAGACCUGGGAGAAGAGUUGGAGACAUUUACAUCCAAACGGAGUGAAAUUCAGUUGCAAGAAGGCUCUGGAAACAUCCCCUGGAGCACACCACAGGUGGCAGACCCCAGAGACCUAACUGAGGAGCUGCUCCGUGGCUGCAAGGAUGACGAUGGGGUGGAGGUGACUAGGAAGGUGCUGAGGGCUAUAAACCAGCAAGACCUGGCAGAGAGAUUGACAAAAACAACAGGAGGGGGUGGUUCAAAUCCAGACCAGGAAUCAGAGACUCACCAAGACCCAGAGAUGGUGGGGGAAGAACUUCUUAAAGAGAGAAGGAGAGCACUCCAGGACAUCCUGGCCAAGCUGAAGAUGGAGCAGCACAAAAGCAUGAAGCUGGGGUUGAGGGAUCUUCAGGAAAUCAACCCAGAAAGUCUAAAGGACUGGACUCCUCGGGCAUUAGGGGAUUUACCGUGGCAUUUUCUGAGGAAGGUCAUGGCUCUGAAUGGGACGGCCAGAAACACAAACUUUUGGCAGGGAGCAACUGGUGACCAAGCCAGCAGUGAGGAGAAUGGGAGACAAGGUGGUGGUGGCAAUGUUCUUCACCAUAGCAACUCAGAUGCCAGAGAUUCUCUGCACCCCCUCGAUGUUCUCUGCGCCAUUCUGUUUUGCUCAGACAGUUUCCUACAGCAGGAGAUCCUGUCCAAAAUGUCCAUGUGCCAGUUUGCCCUCCCUUUGCUGCUGCCUGCCCUCGACACCCCCAAGUGCACCCUAAUGCUGUGGGCCAUGAGGGACAUUGUGAGGAAGUGGAGGCCGCACUCCCUGGCAGAGAGUAGAGGGUUCAGAGAGGAGAGCCUGGUGCUCACAGCAAUGCCAACCAUUUCCUUUGUGCGGUUGGGGAGCUGCAACUUCUCCAAGUCCAAACUCCUCAAUGAGGUUCUCAGCCCCUCCCAGCAGCACCACAAUUUCUUCAUCCAUCGGGACAUGGAGUCUGGGAACGUCCCUCGGGAAAUCGCAGAUGGGCUGGUCGAGAUUUCCUGGUAUUUCCCUUGUGGGAGGGAGAAUUCAGACCUUUUCCCAGAGCCCGUCGCGGUUACAAACCUGCGUGGAGACAUUGAGUCCCACUGGCUACAGUUCAGCUUUUUAACAGAGAUCUCCUCAGCAGUGUUCAUAGUUACUGAGAGCAUCAGUGAGAGACAAUACACGCUCUUAUCAUCUCUGCAGGGAUCAGUCACUAAAUACUACUUCAUCCUCGGUGCCCAGGCUGAGCAAUGCAGUGAAACUCUGGGUUUCCUUAAUAAAUUAGCCCCAGUGCUGGAACUGAACAAAUUCAAUGUGCUGGAGAAAAGCAAUGACACAAAUGAGACAGAAUUCGUAGAAAAUCUCCAGCGCAUGAUACGAAGCAUAAUGAACUCCUCUAACAAGAGAGGAAAUAUGGAAGCUGUGGCUACGGCAGCACGUGAAUUAGGUGUCCUUGUAGAUGAGGACUGUGAGGAAUGUCAGAGCGGAAGCAUGUGGGCUAGAGAAAUUACCGUGAACAUGAGAGAUGUGACCAGUUGCAAGGCAGAAAUGCUGAAACUCCAAGGAGACCUGUGGAAUACCUUGACUAAAGUAGAAAAAGAGCUCUGCAGAAUGAAAGAACAAGGGACUGUCCCUCCUGAAGACUAUAAAAUGCAGCUGAAAGAAAAACUGUCAGAGCUUCAUGCCCAGCAAAAUAAUUGUGAGCUUAACGAUGGGCUGAUUAAAUUUAUCAAUGGACUAGAACAACUGACUGCAGUGGAGAAACAUCACUUCCUCAAAUGGCUAAAAUAUACGCUGGAUCACAUUGCUAAGGAUGAACAUUCCAGACUACAAGUUCAGUAUAAUGCUUUGGCAGGUGACCCACAAAAGCUAGAAGAACUAGAUAAAUUAAUCUCUGCUGGUUCCCUAGGGGUGGAACAUUUCCUGCGUGAGUUGGGACAGUUGUAUGAGGCUGAACACGCAAUGGUGAAGGAAGGUAAAAUGGCAGAAAGCCAAAAGCAAUUCACCCAUCUCCCAGACAUAGCAGCUGACCUGAUGCUGGAAGGGUUUCCCAUGGAGCUGAUCGAUGGAGACGUAUCCAACAUCCCACUGCAGUGGGUGACAGAUGUUCUGACUCAGCUCCAUGCCAAGCUGGGGGGAAGGUCCAGAAUGGUGGUUCUAACAGUGCUGGGAGUGCAGAGCACUGGGAAAUCCACCCUCCUCAACACCAUGUUCGGCCUGCAGUUUGCAGGGAGCAGUGGCCAAUGUACGCGAGGAGCCUUCAUGUCCCUCAUUAAAGUGGCAGAGAACUUUCAGCAGGAGCUGGGCUGUGAUUUCAUCCUGGUGAUAGACACAGAAGGGCUGAAAGCCCCUGAACUGGCCAAAGUAGAGGACAGUUAUCAACAUGACAAUGAGCUGGCCACCCUGGUGACUGGACUGAGUGACAUAACCAUCGUUAACAUGACCACAGAGAACGUCACCGAAAUGAAGGAUGUUCUGCAAAUUAUGGUUCAUGCCUUUCUCAGAAUAAAGGAAAUCGGGCAAAACCCCCAGUGUUUAUUUGUGCAUCAGAACGUCAGUGAUGUGUCUGUGCAUGGACAAAACAUGAGGGACAGGAAACACCUUCUGGAGCAGCUGAAUGAAAUGACCAAAGCUGCAGCGAGGAUGGAAAAACUACACAAAGAAGUGACAUUCUCAGAUAUUAUGGACUAUGAUCCAGAAAUACAAGAUUGGUACCUCCCCAGCCUAUGGCACGGAGUCCCUCCCAUGGCGCCAGUGAACUUGGAAUACAGCGAGAGCGUGGGGGAGCUGAAGAAACACCUGUUUCAAUUUAUAAGGAUCCAUUCAGUUGAGAUUGCUCCCAAAAACAUUCCCCAGUUUACUGAAUGGGUGAAGAGCCUGUGGAAUGCACUGAAGCAUGAGAACUUCUGCUUCAGCUUCCGAAACCCCUUUGCCACAGAGGCCUACAACCAGUUGUCUGCCAAGUUUUCUGAACUGGAAUGGGAGUUGAAAAAGAAGAUGCAUCUCUGGCUGUCUGAACAAGAAACCUUCAUCCAGAAUCAGGCACCAGAUGAAUUGGAGAGCGAGAUCUUGGCCCAAUUAAGUCAGGAAACCCAGCAGAAACUGCAGCAUGAAGAAGACAAGAUUUUUGAGUGUUUGGAAAAAUAUAUAAAAGAUGGGGCAUCAGGCACGCACAUGCUAGAGAUCAAAGAAGAUUUCAUCAGGAGCACAAGAAGCACGACAACUACGUUUCACCAUUAUUCACACCAACAGCUGGAGAGAGCAAAGAACAAUAGAAAGCACCAUUGUAAGUAUUACAACAGCGAGGCUGAGUUCAGGAAAAUAAUUGAACAGGAGGUUGACAAGCUUCUGGAAGACUGCAGGAGCCGUGAGCGUAAACUGAACAAUGAGGAACUGGAGCAGGAAUUCAAAGCAAUGUGGAGAGAGGUGUUGUCCGAGUCAAUGUUAUUUUCUUCAAUGAAGCGACUGAUUUUUCAAGAAAUGCAAAGCCUGCUGCAAGAGGACCUGGAGAUUCGAGGGAAGCUGAUGCCUCAAGAAGCUAGGAGCUUGCUAUAUUAUUCAAUGAGUUCUUUCACAAUGAAAAAAGAAUACUUAGAUUUAGCAUGGUCUGAAACUUUGAAGGAACUAUUCACAAAGGAAAGCUGGCAUAAAGCAGAGGAAAUUGCUACAUCCUUAAUGUGCCAGUGCUCUGCUUACAUUGAUGAGAAAGCAAAUUCCAAAGGAGACUAUGACGAAAUCUAUUGCAGAGAAUUGCUGUGUAUGAUCAAUGAGAGACUCCAACAGGAGGAUGUUUCAAAACUUCACACUAGUGGCUGCUUUGAAGUUGACCUGAAGCUUCACAUUUUGGGAGAAGCUGCUAGUGUGUUUCAAGAAAUCCACGAUAGUUUUCUGAAAGAAACUGACCCUUGGCAAAGUCCAAAGGAACUUAAACUUCAGUAUUUCUCCAUCCUGAAAGAUCUUUACUUAGACAAAGAGGUAAGUCACAAGAGAGCCAGGGAUUUCAGUGACCAGUGUCUGAAACCUGCCCUGGUGGACUAUAUGAAGAAGAGGCUAGGAAUAUCAAUGGCGGAUGACAUUCUUAGAAAUGGACAGUCCAUCAAUUACGCCAGCCGGGGCUUUUUCCAAUUUACCACGCAGAAAAAAUUGUUGGAGGAAAAUGAUUUUUACAACUAUGUGAGAUAUAUUGAAAACUAUGAAGAUUUUGUGAAAAGCCAGAUACAGAGACACCUGGUUGAUCACUACAGUGAGAACGAAGGCCUGGAAGAUUUGGAGAGAGAGAUUCUAUCCACUGUAAUAGAGAAAGUCAGGGGCGCUCUGGAAAACUCCGAAGAUAAGUCUAACACAGUUUCGGCCUUUAUAGACAACUUUUGCCAAGUGCUGCAGAAAGAUCUGGUCAUUUCCAAAGACUGUUUAGUAGGGAUACGGUUUAUAAACUCCAUUAACACUGGGAAAUUCGCUGCUUUCAUUCAGACUUCCCUUUCUGACCUGGAGCAACAAAUCUUAGCUGAAUUUAAAAAUUUGGAAGUAGAGUUUAAACUCUCCCUUCUGUCAGUGAAGCCCCAGGAUGAGAUCUUCAAGCGAGUGUUUGGCUGUGGGAAGCAGUGUCCAUUCUGUAACGUCCCCUGUGAGGCAGUAGGUACUGAUCAUAAGGAGCAUUUUGCAUCGGUACAUCGGCCUCAAGGAUUAGGGGCCUACAGGUGCAGUGAAACAAACAUACUCGUUUAUGAAUUAUGCUCCUCUGCUGUGGUUUCCAAUGGCACAUUCCUAUGCCCGGAGACACAAUGGGAAGUUCAUCUUUGUAAAGAUUAUCGCACUAUUUUUCCCGACUGGCGCAUCCAGCCAGACCCCAGCAUCAACGCCUCUGAUUACUGGAAGUUUGUUUUUAAGGAGUUCAAUCAAGAAUUUGCUGAAGCGUAUAUUGCCGAACCAGCCGAGCUCCCAGGGGACUGGGAAAAAAUAACCAAAGAGCAGGCCCUGGAGAGCCUGGAGGAAGCCUUCAAAAUGAAAUAACCAACAUGCUGAGAAAAUCCAUUUACAUGGCAGUUCAUUCAAUUCAGCAGAACAACAGUUGGUGACGUCUGUUAGAUAAAUACUCAUUAAAAGUGUGUGGGUUUGUGAUCUGUGGAAAAUACGGAAAACUCGGGUACAAUUUGCAGCUUUCAAAUGGAGUCUGAAAGUAAGAACAUUGGUUUUGUUUUGCAUCACGUAACUAUAUGAUACCUCAAAAAUAUGAGUGCGGUGCCAUCUUUCAAAUGUGGCAUGUCUACCAAUAGGAUAUAUGCCAUCAUGCGCCAGCAAUGCCCCUCUGCCAUGUACAUUGGUGAAACUGGACAAUCUCUACGCAAAGGAAUAAAUGGACACAAAUCAGACGGCAAGAAUUAUAACAUUCAAAAAUCAGUCAGAGAACACUUCAAUCUCCCUGGACACUCAACAACAGACUUAAAAGUGGCAAUUCUUCAACAAAAAAAACUUCAAAAACAGACUCCAGCAAGAAACUGCAGAACUAGAAUUAAUUUGCAAACUGGACACCAUCACAUUAGGCCUGAAUAAAGACAGGGAGUGGAUGCGUCACUACAAAAACUAAUUUCCCCAUGCUAAUUUCCCCCUACUGUUACUCACACCUUCUUGUCAACUGUUUGAAAUGGGCCACCCUGAUUACCACUUCAAAAGUGAUUUUUCCUCCUGUUGAUAAUUGCCCACUUCCACUUUAAUUGAAUUGUCUCGUUAGAACUGACCCCCCCACUUGGUAAGGCAAAUCCCAUAUUUUCAUGUACUGUGUAUAUAUAUCUGCCUACUGUCCAUGCAUCUGAUGAAGUGGGGUUUAGCCCAUGAAAGCUUAUGCCCAAAUAAAUGUGUUAGUCUCUAAAGCGCCACAAGUACUCCUCGUUGUUUUUGCGGAUACAGACUAACACAGCUACCACUCUGAAACCUGUGAUAUAUAGGAGGUCAGACUGUAUGAUUUCAUGAUCCCUUUGUGGUAGAAGGAUUUUAUGUUUGUAUUUUGUAUAAUUCUGUAUCUGAGCUGAUUUCAAGGCAUUAACAGACCUUUUAGGGUCACCACUUUGUUGUAGGUUUAGUAUUUUAAAAUAAGUAAAUGAAUGCAUUGGUUGUUUUUUCUCUUGCAUUGCAAUUUGAUGUUCCUGUUCAAAUGCUCUGUGUAAAUCAAUUCUGUGUUGUGUGUGAAUGAGGAAUGUGUGUGUUAAGAGAUAACUGUGAAGGCCAUCACCAGACCAGAUGUUCUAGGGAGGAACUGAAGACAGACGCAUGGGCGCCAGGAGGUUGCAACAUGCCCCCUAUUGAAAUGUUAGAGGAGGGCAGAUUGAUGACUCUAAAGAUGAGACAGGCACCUAUCUAUGGGGACAAGAUAGUUGUGAUCAAAACAAGCCUGGGGUAACUCCCUGAGAGACUUGAUGAAAGAACCAGAUAAAGGACAAGAAAAACUAUUUAAGAAAACAAGCACUCGUCAAACAACAAUUGAUUACAGCAUGACGGUGCAAACCUCGUUGGUCCCAAUGAAGGAAGAUCACUAUAUAAACAGGCUGCCUUGCCAUGAAACUUUGGGUUCGUCCUGCCAAGACUUCCCCGGAGCAUCGUGUCGCGACCGACAGAACCCGGCUCCUCCCUACUCGUGAUCAACCUAGCUGGCCACUAGAUUGAUCCGGACUCUGGCCUGGUAACGAUAACAUCGACUGGCGGGAAAGUGU